GCUUUUCGUCCACUAGAAUGCAGCGCUUUUGCAUCCCCUCUCUGGUCGCAGUGUCGUGCGCCCGCACCUUCUUUGGCAAGGGCUGGGACAAUGCUGCCCUGGACACCAUCUACAGCAGCAUGCUCCGCAAGCCGGAGGUGAACGACCGCAUUCGCACCCAAUACGCCUCCACGAUGGAUCCCCGCGACGCCGAUGUUCUACGGCGCCUCGGUGAGGUCUCCAAGGAGAACAAGACGUUCAUUCGCGUCUUUCUUCCUCCCCAUCUGGGUGAUCCUCACCGUCUGCUGAAGUGCUACAGCCUGAUGGCGUACCCCAUCCUGGACGAUAAGGGUGGCCAGCUGAAGGUGGAGAUGGACGGCCACAAGUUGGACGCGUUCGCCGAUCCAGACGACGACUACUCCAAGGUGGUCAUCCCGCACAUUGAGUUAGUCGAGUUCCUCGCCAAGUCUCUUUUGGAGACCAUGAAGUGGGAGGCGACGCCGCGAGGUGCUGCUUCGCUGCUAGAGUCGCUGUACCGUGGCGCCGAGAUUCCGGAUCACGUGUUCCAGACCCCCGCUGUCAUUGAGCGCCUUGACGAGUACAAGAACGGUAACAAGGUUAUCAACUAA